GUCUCAGCAGCCAGAACCCUGGCGUCAUCACCAUAGCCAAUGCAGUCUUUGGAGCGAAGCCACCAAUCUCUGAUUAUGUUCUUGCCAAGGCCUUCCAAUUGGACAAGAAGACUGUGGAUUGGCUCCAAACCCAAUUCUGGAUGGACAACAACAAGUAGAAACUGCAUACAAAUUUCUUGAUGUAAAAGUUGGACUGAAUUAUUUAUACUAUUCUAUUUGAAUAAGCAAACAAUACCAACAUAUCUAUUUGA